AUGAAGUUCCCCAAUUCUCCACCGACAUUGACUUUGGCUGAACGAAUGCCGUCUGAAAUUUGUAAGAAACACAUACAUACGGGUUACCGGCAACCACACCAGCCAUGGUUCUAUUACUUUAUCAGUGUCUUUCACGCCAACAACCAGACGUUCAAUGUAUGGACACAUGUCAUUGGCUUUCUAUUUAUAGCAUACAGAACUUAUGACAUGUCCUUGACCUACGAUUUUUUAUACGACCCCAUGUAUCGACCGUUGGGAGCAGGGUUGCUAUGCAUCUUGACUCUUCUGGCUGUUAGUUCUUUCGCUCAUACUUUUGGCGACAGAUCGGAGGUAGCGCAUUAUUCAUGUUUCUGCAUGGACUAUAAUGCUAUAGCAUUACAUUCUAUGGGAUGUACUAUGAUAAGCCAUUCCUAUUUCGUAAGAGGAUCAAGUCUGGCAUCUUUCCUUGUCAAAUAUUCAAGACUAGGGUUCAUAUACUUAACAGUGCAAUUUUCUGUACUGCUUUCAUAUUCGAAAAUUCGGUUUGGAAGAACUCAUAAAAUCUGCAAGAUGUUUCAAUGCUUCGUCACUUAUUCGAGUUACCUGUGGUUUAUGGUGCCACUGAUACAACGAUACUUCUGGCCAGAGGACAGUUACCAUGACGAUACUUUACAGUUACAUAAAUAUCACGUGAUAUUAUUCCAGGCCAACGUUUUGGUAUAUGUUGCACACGUUCCAGAACGCUUGAUCCCCAAAACGUUUGAUGUUAUUGGACAAUCUCACCAGAUCCACCAUGUCAUUCUUGUGAUAUCUGUGAAUAAUUUCAUCAACGUGACGAUUGAGGAAUUGAGAUCCUCUUCUUCUAUAAAAUAUGUAUAUCAUAUGACAAGAAAUAGCGGGUUAUUUGACAAUUCUUACGGGACGGUGUUGUUGGUGAUGUGCAUUGAGUGUUUUCUAAUUGCUUUAUGGACUGUCUACGCUGACAAGAAGGUGGCAGAUAAUUACGAUCGAAAGAAGUGA